UUGGCUGAGGAAACUGAGGCAGGAGGGAAGUGUCCCAGAUACGCAGCCGGUUUCCCCUGAGGGGUCUCAGGAGUCCAGAGCCCCCACCCAAAUCUGGAGGAUGAGGAACCCGGAGUCUGCAUUUCUUAGUACCCGAGAAGGAGGAGCCUGAAUUCUAGAACUCCUGGGUCUGAGGGAGGAGGGUGCUGGGAGCCUGGAUUCCUGGGUCUGAGGGAGAAGGGCGCUGGGGGUAUGGACUCCUGGGUCUGAGGGAGGAGGGCGCUGGGGGCCUGGACUCCUAGGUCUGAGGGAGAAGGGUGCUGGGGGCAUGGACUCCUGGGUCUGAGGGAGGAGGGCGCUGGGGGCCUGGACUCCUAGGUCUGAGGGAGAAGGGUGCUGGGGGCAUGGACUCCUGGGUCUGAAGGAGGAGGGCGCUGGGGGCCUGGACUCCUAGGUCUGAGGGAGAAGGGUGCUGGAGGCCUGGAUUCCUCCUGGGUCUGAGGGAGGAGGGCGCUGGGGAUCUGAACUCCUGGGUCUGAAGGUGGAGGCCCUGGGGUGUGAAGGAGAAGGCAGUCCUGGUUGGGUCAGCCUGGGCUCCUUUCACUCUCCACCCUUCCCCUUUCCUGUACGGAGGAGCCAGGGCAGGCAGUCACUCCAGGUAUGUGCAGAAGUCUUGGGCGGGCCCUGGCCUGUCCUGUGAGGAGGGAACAUUCCAGGAAGCAGCUUGGGGAACCAGGGCUUCUUGAGUGUGGGCCCUCAGGGACCCAGGUGUCCAGGUCAGUUCCGCCCCCUCUGGGAGAUGAAUGGGCCGAGGGGGAUGUCAUCUCUUCCAGCCUGCUUCAUCCACUGCCUCUCCCUUCCCCUCUUCUCCCCUCCCCUCCCUCCAUCUGCUUCCCAUCCCAGCCAGGAGCCAUCACCUGGGUAGAAAAGGGGCCUCUGGAAAGGGGGCGGGGCCUUGACUCUUGGGUACCCUGAACUUCAAGAGGAACUCUGGGGAGGGGGUGUUCAGGGAUUUGACCCCUCCCCCACUUGCCUCUAUAACCUGUCUAUUCCUUUCUUCCCCUAGGUGGUUGCCCCCUCCCUCUCCUGAGAUGUCAGGAAGGAGGGGGCCACCUGUGUCCUCCACAGGGGCCCCCCGAAGCCUGGGGACUCCCAGCCCCAGAGCUCCGAGGUGGAGGAGGUGCUGACAAGUCUGGUAACCACUGACUGUUUCCCAGUCUUCUCCACACCACCCUUUCCCAGAACCACAGGCUUCCAGAAUGUUGUAGAGAAACUGCAACAUCCAAGCCUCCACCAGCCUCUCCCAGCGCCAGGUGCUCCAAGAGAUGCUCCCCCUCCCCUCAUGCUCCCUCCCCAUCCUCCUCCUUUUCCUCCUCCCCAGUGUGCCAAUUGAGUCCCAACCCCCACCCUCAACAUUGCCUCCUUUUCUGGCCCCUGAGUGGGACCUUCUGUCCCCCCGAGUGGUCCUGUCUAGGGGUGCCCCUGCUGGGCCCCCUCUGCUCUUCCUGCUGGAGGCUGGGGCCUUUCGAGAGUCAGCAGGCACCCCGGCCAACCGCAGCCGGCGUGGGGUGAGCGAAACUGCACCAGCGAGUCGUCGGGGUGAACUGGCCGUGUGCGAUGCAGUCAGCGGCUGGGUGACAGACCGCCGGACCGCUGUGGACUUGCGUGGGCGCGAGGUGGAGGUGUUGGGCGAGGUGCCUGCAGCUGGCGGCAGUCCCCUCCGCCAGUACUUCUUUGAAACCCGCUGCAAGGCUGAUAACACUGAGGAAGGUGGCCCGGGGGCAGGUGGAGGGGGCUGCCGGGGUGUGGACCGAAGGCACUGGGUGUCUGAGUGCAAGGCCAAGCAGUCCUAUGUACGAGCAUUGACCGCUGAUGCCCAGGGCCGUGUGGGCUGGCGAUGGAUUCGAAUUGACACUGCCUGCGUCUGCACACUCCUCAGCCGGACUGGUCGGGCCUGAGACCCAUGCCCAGGAACUGAUCAGGCAGGAAAAGAACUGAGCUGGAUGCUGAGAGACCUCAGGGAUGGCCCAGCUACUCUAAGGACUCCAGUUUGGGAACUCAUCAAAUAAUCACAAAAUCACAGUUCUCUGAUUUUGAGCUCAAUCUCUGCAAGAUGGGUGAAACCACAUGGGUUUUUGGAGGUUGAAUAGGAGUUCUCCCGGAGCAACUUGAGGGUAAUAAUGAUGAUGGUAAUAAUAAUAGCCACUAUUUACUGAG